AUGUCAUUCAACAAUAAAUUAAAUUUAGGAGCAAUCAUAAAAGGUAUUCAAGAUAAUAAAAUAUUAGAAGUAUUCGAUAAAUACUAUCAUGAUGAAAUUGUAAUGCAUGAAAAAGGUGACUCAACUAAUCGUGUUGGUAAAGCUGCAAACCGUAAAGCUGAAGAAUCUUUUGUAAAUAAUGCAACAAUCCAUGAAGCAAAAUUAUUAAAACUAUUAGUUGAUGGUAAUAACACAGCAUAUGAAAUGUUUAUGGAUUUCACAUAUGGCGAACAUCGUAUCAAAAAGAAUCAAUGGGCCGUUCAACAAUGGUCAAAUGAUUUAGUUAUCAAAAAAGAAUUUUAUUAA